AUGAACUGGAGCUUCGUCCUGGAAACUGAUGAUGUGGAGCCAAUGACCCUCAUCGCUGUGCCUGAGUUUAAGCAUCUGAUCAAAGAUAACAGCGCCACCAUCAGCUGCUUCCUGUUUGCUGUGCUCUGCAGGCUCUGCAUCCUGACCGUGAAGAAGCUGAAGGUUCUGAGGGAGCUGGACAGAGAGCUCAGCUCCGUCAUCAUCGCUGUAAAAAUCCAGGGCUCUAAGCGGACGUUGAGAUCCAACGAGUACCUUCUUCCUCCUGACGGCCUCAUGGAAACAGACCUGGAGCUCACUUUCUCUCUGCAGUAUCUUCACUUCCUGAAGCGAGAUGUGAACCGUCUGCAUGUGAUGGUGCAGAGGAGGAAGAGGUACAAGAACCGAACCAUCCUGGGCUACAAAACCCUCGCAGUGGGUGUUGUCAACAUGGCCGAGGUGAUGCAGCGUCCAACAGAUGGUGCCCACAUACUCGGUCUCCAUAGCAACCUGAAGGAUGCUUCUGUGCGUGCGGCGGAACUGAGUGUUCAUUCUCUCUGCAGCCAUCCAAUAGAAAUAGAGGACACAACUGGUCACCAUGGCAACAAGGGCAAGGCCUCAGACCGCUCUCCUGAUGUGGAGAACUACUGGGAGGACGAUGACGACAGCUUCUCCUCUGAACAGGAAGGAAGUGACGACGCAGUCUUGCCUCAGGACAUGUUUGAUGAUGACGAGGAUGUCCGAGGAAAGAUUAAGAAGUCUCACAGGAAAAUGAUCCGAACAUCCUCGCUGACUCAGCAGCCCAACUUUAAGCAGAAGUUUGUGGCUCUGCUAAAGAGAUUCAAAGUCAGUGAUGAGGUUCUGGACUCGGACCCCGUGGGUCAGAGUCAGGAGGCCGAGGAGGACCUGGACCUGCUGUACGACAGCCUGGAGGUUUACAACCCGAGCGACAGCGGCCCUGAGCUGGACGACAACGACAGCAUCCAGAGCACUCCCAAACCCAAGCUCAGGCCGUUCUUCGAGGGCGUCUCUCAGUCGAGCUCUCAGACUGAGAUCGGGAGUGUCAACAGUCAGCAGAGAGAACGGACUGCAGCCGCAGAUCUACGAGGAGACUCUGAGGAGGUGAAAGGAGAGGAGACCGGGCCGAGGGUAGCUAGAAAGUCGGUUUUGGAUCAGCUGAACCACAUCCUGUUCUCUGAGGAUCAGAUGCCUGACUCCAUUAUCCUGAUCAACACCACAGACUGGCAGGGACAGUAUCUCUCUGAGGUUCUGUUCGAUCAGCCAAUCGUCUGCACUGUUUCAACGGCUGAUGUUCAGGCCGCCUUCAGCGCCAUCAUCGGACGCAUCCAGAGAUUGUCUCUGUCUCAUGUGAGUGUUGUCAGUCUUACGUCUGUGUCUCGUCAGCCUUGCUUUCUCCCAGGUGUGUUCCCCUCCUGUGUCCCAUCCCACGAUUACUCCUAUCCUGUGGGUGUAGCCGGUCGGGUUUCUCAGUAUUUGGCCGGAGCGGCUGUUUCUCACCUGUGUCCGAUCUCCGAGGCCAUGCUGACCUGCAAACACAAGAGCCCCGACGAUGACUCCUGCCAGAAGUUUCUUCCUUUUAUCGGGCUGGUGAAGGUCGGCAUCGUGGAGCAGAACUUCAUGUCCACCUCAGUGGACUCUGAUGACAUCAUACUUGGAUCUCCUCCUUCCCAAUCAGGAGCACCGAUCAACAUCACCUCGACACCUCCUCCCUCCCCCUCCACCAGCUGUCCCACAGAGGUGAUGGGGCUGCAGGUGGACUACUGGAGCAGCCAGGGUGGAGGAGGAGAGCGGAAGAAGGAAAUCGGGAUGAAGAACACGCUGAAGAGCAACUUCCGCUGUCUGCAGGUGUCGAGGCUCAGCGGAGGAGAGCUGAUGAGCAUGACGGUGGUGACGAAGGAGAAGAACAAGAAAGUCAUAUUUCUCAGUAAGAAGGCAAAGGAGAAGGAGGCGGAGUCAAGGAGUCAGCUGAUAGAAGGAAUCAGCAGGUUGAUCUGUACCUCCAAACUGUCCGUCGACGGCGUGGAGUGGAAUGACGUAAAGUUUUUCCAGCUGGCGGCUCAGUGGCCGACACACGUCAAACACUUUCCUGUUGGAAUCUUUGGAUACAACAAACCCUGA